AGUCUGAUUGUUUAUAUUUUUGACAGAAUGAUCAACCGAAUAGCGUUAUCGUUAUUAUUACUGCCAUAUUUUCUCAGUUAUUUAUCAAGUGCUCCUGCUAAUUUAUUGAAUUUUACAACUACUAGUUCAACAACAAGUACACCGGCGACUACUUUUGCUGUCACAACUGAACCCCCGACUGAUGCACACAGACCAAGUGUUCCUGUCAAUACAAACUCAAAUACAGAUACCACUGAUUCAGUUCUGUUUACUUCAACAACAACAACACCGUCACCAUUGGCAACAACGGUAACAACAAAGACGAAAUCAACAACUGAGAGUCGUUUGAACAGUGCGUAUACUUCCCAUACAAAUAAAAAUGUUAGUGAUAUACACGAAUUACCUAAAAAUGGAUCGGCACAACCACAUACUGUUAAAGGACGUGUAGUGUUAGCUACAACUCGUGAACAAGGCAGCAAUGUAUGGGGUUUAACUGAAGAUAAAGCUGAAGAAGCAUGUCAUCGUUUUGCGAAUAACAGUGAUAUUACUCGUACUAUAUCAAAGCCUAAUGAAAGCAACAAUACAUCCACUGAGUCGACCAAUGUAUACCAAGGUCAUUUGUUGUCUGUUACAUCGAAUGAAGAGGUUUUACACUUAGUCAAUCUUAUGGGUACGACACCGGCAGUGUCAUUUUGGACUGGUGGUAAACUCACAAGACCUAAACAAGAAAUAAUAAAUACUGAAAAUAAUACCAGCUUGAAAGUGAUUUUAACUUGGUCAGAUGGUCGAACAAGUCCUGCAAGUGUACUGGGUAUGAGUGAUGAAGAUGAAAAUAAUCUCGAAGAGGGAGUUGUUUACUGUUUGUCAUUGGAUUUGACACGACUUACAUGGCAAGCUCGUGACUGUCAACAUCGUUUGGCUUAUGCAUGUUUAAUCACUGUAAAAACUACUACUACUACUACUGCUAAAGAAAUGCCUGAAAAUGCUUCAUUAGUACUAACAAAUUUAACAGAGGUGAAUUCCCAGCAAAAACCUUCAGUUCAUAAUCAUACUAUCAAAACAUCUGAUCGCAAAAUGGAAAGUGAACAUUCACCUGUGACUGGAAGUCGUUUGAAGACUGAGAGUGCCAAAGUUGAUAAAAAGGAUUCCUCUUUACAAAGUUUACCAUUGACUACAACUGAGUCGACCCAGUCUACCUCAACAGCUUCCCUUAUAACUGCUGUUACUAACAACUUUGAGAGACAGACUAUUCAAAAUAACAAUAUUGUGCUUACAUUAUCGACAUUACCGACACCAGUGACAGUAAUUCCUACUGACGGAACACAAACUGAAGGUAAUCAUACAAACGUUGAUAUUCAGUCUAAAGAACAUGGUACAUCUUCAAGAAAUGAGAGUUCUGUUCCGAAUUUGAUUCAUACAUCACCUGCGAAUGAUGUAGAUAAAAACAUUGCCAGAAGUGAAGAAAGUUCUUCAGAGAAAGACCAAAAAAAUGAUACAGAAUCCAUCCUGAAAAACAAUCAAACUGGAAAUACAAUUCCUAUAUCUCAGCUUCCAGUAGCGGCAAGAUAUAAGUAUUAUUACUAUGGUGAUUCUGAUCGCCAAAAUGACUAUGAGGAUAAUGAUGAUGACGGAUAUUAUCAAAGUCAUAGUGACCUUGGUAGUCUUGAUAUGAAAGAUCUCGAAGAGGAAUUAAAUAACCUUGGCACAUCCGGAAUACGAAUGCCCAAUAUUCAUCCGAUUAGUCCUCCUGCAACUAAAAGAGAAAAGUCAACAUCGCCAACAGAAGUGACGAGCACAGUGACAACACCUACAGAGCAACCCACAGCUGAGAAGAAUGAAAAUCCUGAAACCGAAUCGACAGAAGCAACAAAUUCAGAAACAUCAGGUUCUUCCAGGCGAAGUCGUAGAUCUGUAGGUGGAGAAGAAAGUGGCGGAGAAGUGCCAUCCACUGAAACCUCAUCUCCACCAACAACAUUGUCGACAGAAGUGACGAGCCCAGUGACAACACCCACAGAGCAACUCACUGCUGAAGAAAGUCAGAAACCUGCAGAAGAAUCUGGAGAAUUGACGACGACGCCCCCUUCCGAGGGACUUGGUGAGUCUGUAGGCAAUGAAGGAGGCAGCGAAGAAAUGUCGUCAGUGCAGACAUCAUCUCCGUCAACAACGUCGUCAACAGAAGUGACGAGCACAGUGACAACACCUACAGAGCAACCCACAGCUGAGAAGAAUGAAAAUCCUGAAACUGAAUCGACAGAAGCAACAAAUUCAGAAACAUCAGGUUCUUCCAGGCGAAGUCGUAGAUCUGUAGGUGGAGAAGAAAGUGGCGGAGAAGUGCCAUCCACUGAAACCUCAUCUCCACCAACAACAUUGUCGACAGAAGUGACGAGCCCAGUGACAACACCCACAGAGCAACUCACUGCUGAAGAAAGUCAGAAACCUGCAGAAGAAUCUGGAGAAUCGACGACGACGCCCCCUUCCGAGGGACUUGGUGAGUCUGUAGGCAAUGAAGGAGGCAGCGAAGAAAUGUCGUCAGUGCAGACAUCAUCUCCGUCAACAACGUCGUCAACAGAAGUGACGAGCACAGUGACAACACCUACAGAGCAACCCACAGCUGGGAAGAAUGAAAAUCCUGAAACCGAAUCGACAGAAGCAACAAAUUCAGAAACAUCAGGUUCUUCCAGGCGAAGUCGUAGAUCUGUAGGUGGAGAAGAAAGUGGCGGAGAAGUGCCAUCCACUGAAACCUCAUCUCCACCAACAACAUUGUCGACAGAAGUGACGAGCCCAGUGACAACACCCACAGAGCAACUCACUGCUGAAGAAAGUCAGAAACCUGCAGAAGAAUCUGGAGAAUUGACGACGACGCCCCCUUCCGAGGGACUUGGUGAGUCUGUAGGCAAUGAAGGAGGCAGCGAAGAAAUGUCGUCAGUGCAGACAUCAUCUCCGUCAACAACGUCGUCAACAGAAGUGACGAGCACAGUGACAACACCUACAGAGCAACCCACAGCUGAGAAGAAUGAAAAUCCUGAAACUGAAUCGACAGAAGCAACAAAUUCAGAAACAUCAGGUUCUUCCAGGCGAAGUCGUAGAUCUGUAGGUGGAGAAGAAAGUGGCGGAGAAGUGCCAUCCACUGAAACCUCAUCUCCACCAACAACAUUGUCGACAGAAGUGACGAGCCCAGUGACAACACCCACAGAGCAACUCACUGCUGAAGAAAGUCAGAAACCUGCAGAAGAAUCUGGAGAAUCGACGACGACGCCCCCUUCCGAGGGACUUGGUGAGUCUGUAGGCAAUGAAGGAGGCAGCGAAGAAAUGUCGUCAGUGCAGACAUCAUCUCCGUCAACAACGUCGUCAACAGAAGUGACGAGCACAGUGACAACACCUACAGAGCAACCCACAGCUGAGAAGAAUGAAAAUCCUGAAACCGAAUCGACAGAAGCAACAAAUUCAGAAACAUCAGGUUCUUCCAGGCGAAGUCGUAGAUCUGUAGGUGGAGAAGAAAGUGGCGGAGAAGUGCCAUCCACUGAAACCUCAUCUCCACCAACAACAUUGUCGACAGAAGUGACGAGCCCAGUGACAACACCCACAGAGCAACUCACUGCUGAAGAAAGUCAGAAACCUGCAGAAGAAUCUGGAGAAUCGGCGACGACGCCCCCUUCCGAGGGACUUGGUGAGUCUGUAGGCAAUGAAGGAGGCAGCGAAGAAAUGUCGUCAGUGCAGACAUCAUCUCCGUCAACAACGUCGUCAACAGAAGUGGCGAGCACAGUGACAACAUCCAUUGAUACACCUUCUACUGAAAGACAUGAACAACCGACUGAGUUGAGGAUUGGAGAUUCGAACUCAGCAUUAUCAAAUGUUGAAGGAAAUGAAGAGUCAGUUUCAUCAGCAGAACCAGUCGGAUCACCUGCAGAUGAGACGGAAUCGACACCAGAAUCGGGGCAAGUAGCAGAAUAAGUACAUUAAUAGAUAGUUAGCACGUAAAUUUGGCCAAAUACAUGAGGACCGGAUUAAUAAUGCAUUGUUACAGGUUGUCUGUACACCAUAAAUUCUAAUAUUAAUCUGUUUGUUAUACC